GUUAGUUCACGUUUCAAACAGAAGAAAUUUUUGCUUGCAGUUUUUCUGUUUAUCGGCUUGUUAAUUUUUCGUAUAUUCGGUAUUUUUAAGUAGUUUACGUGUAUAAAAUUCAUAAAAUUCAAAUUCAGAGAUGACUGAUAUGUGAUAUAAUAUAAAAAAUGUGGGGCAUCAAGAACAGUUCGAAAGUAACUCGUUUCCUGACUCCGGAGACCAAAAUCGGCCGUAACAAAUCCAACCAUGUUGUGUUGUCGAUGAAAUGCUUGAAAAUAAGCCGCUUCCAUGCAGUGAUACGAUUUAUAGACAAUAUUCCUUUCAUUAAAGAUGUUAGUGUAGCUGAAACGAGCGAAUGGGGUGUUUUUAUCAAUAAAGUGGCCAUAUUGAAGCACCGUUGGUGUGAGUUGAAACUGGGAGAUAUUGUUGCUUUUGGCGCGCCGACAGUUGAAGAAAAAGGCUGCAUAACAGAGAUUGUAGAUGUCGAUCCGGAGGAAAAUAAUCAGCCCGCCGAUUUGAGUGACAUUCCUACGCAAGCUCCAGCUCCGAUGCCAGUUGCAUCUAAUUCUCAAGAAACUAUUUUCGACCUCACAGCUGAUGAGAUAGUCAAUGAAGAACCUAUACCGCCUUCUCCAGCUAAGCAUAAAGAUGCAUCUGUUUGUAUUUUGUCGUCGGAUGAAGACGACGAAGUGAUAUUUUCAUCUCCUACUCGCUUGACGGUCGAAUUUACUCCCAAGGAAAAAGAACCCAAAACUAUGAUAGACAUAACAUCUACCAUGAAUGGUUUAUUAAAGCCACCCGUGAUAAUGCCACCGCCACCAGCUCCAGCACCGGUCACUCCUCCGAGACCACCAUCCGAUUGUAUUGAAAAUCAGUUGGCUGUCGCGGUAGGACAAACUGAAUCACAGAAUUCGUCACCGAUGCUUUACGAAGAUGUAAAACCAGUCAAAUCUUUAAUAAAACAAGAAUUCUUCGAGGAUACGCAAGAGUUACGUAAUGUGUUGAAUUACUCGAUGCCGGAUGAAAUAAUUUCACUGGAUUCGGACGAAGAAGAUUUCCCAUCUUCACAACUACUAAACACUAGUCAAGUGAUGGAUAUUCCCGAUUAUUCGUCGACUUUCAGUUUGAUGUACGAAUUAAAAUCAGAAGUGCCGUCUGACGACGAAGAUAUAAAAUUCAUCUGUAGCGAUGCGUGGUACGGCCCGUUAUCUCAAACCACCGAAGAUGUCAAGCCAGGAUUGAGUAAAGGAUCGCGAAAAUUCGACCCGGUUUUGGAAAAUGCGGAUGAUACUUCCUUAGAUAUGGAGGUAUCACUCGAUGAAGUUGACGAAUCGUCGCUAGAGAAAACUGUCGAUGCAUCACACGAUGAAAUCGACAACGUUGGAUCUCCGUUUGUUCCUAUAGCAUCGAGCAGCAAACCCUUAGAAAAACAAAGAAAUGAACCUCGUAAAAUCGCAGUAAUAUCGCCUCAACCUAGGCCGAAGAAAAGGAGGCCCGGAGAUGGUGACGAGUAUAAAAAGAAAAGAAAACACAGUCGUGAAUCUUCUGACUCAGUACGUGAGCAACUCCCGAUAACUGAACGAUCUUCCAAGACUAAAUCUCCGUCAAGAAAACAUAGCUCCGGCCAAUCUUCGUCUUCAUCGUCCAAAAAAGAAAAGAGGGAAAAAAUUAAAGAAUUGUAUAAAGACCGACCCGCCCAGCCAGAAAAGGUCGUCAGAGAACAUAAAGUAACACCAAAAGUCAAGAAGACCGAUAAAAAUCGAGGAUUUUUCUUAACGGAAUUAGAUACGAGUUCGUCUGUGUCUGCAUCUUCAUCUAGUCCCUCAGGAACUGCUAACAAAAUUGGAACUGAAGUUGAACCGUCAACGUCGAGUAAAAUUGUAGAAAGUAAACUUGAGCCUGGCGGAGUUGACAAAGAACGCUGCAAAAGUGAAUCUGAUGAUAAUGUAGUUACCAAAGAACGCGCCGAAAGCGUUCUUAAACGUGAAAUUCCUCUUAGUUUAAAAAUAACUACAGUUCCUUCUGGAAACAAUUCUAGUAAAAUUGCAUUUAGUCCUACAGCAGAUAUGAGUUCAUUAAAAACUCUGCUUCCUAAAUUACCGAUCAUUAGUUCCUUAAAAAUUGCUGGUAAAUCCAUUUUGAAAAAGCCAGUGGCAACAAAAUCAAUGUACCAAAAAGAAAAUCAUCAUUCUGGCCGGUCGAAAAAAGUGAAAUUUGCCGAUAAAAUUAUUAGCGGUUGCAAGGAAAUAGACGUCGAUUACGAAGUAUCAAAUAUAUCGCAGUACAAGAAAUAUGAAAUCUUGAUUCGUAAAUGUUCCAUUGAAUUUGACCAAGCCCUCACAACGGUACUAAGUUGGAAUGUGAAAUGGCUGCAGGAGCAACAAAAACACGUGGAACCGCCUCCACUGUAUCCAGCCGUGUAUCAGAAUAAUAGCGUUUCGGAUGCUGUUGAGAAGUACAAGGAGGAACUUAAAUAUUCAAUGUUCCAUUUGAUUUGGAAAAACAUAUUUGCCAAUUGGAACAUGCCAAAUAAUGAUGAUUUCCCUUCAACUCAAGUUCCUGGGGGCAGACCAGCUUCGAAUUGUUACGUUUUCGAGAUACAGAAAUGUGAGGGAUCUUCAAAAGAUUCGCAGAUUUCACUUUUUACGAUAUACGCGAAAAGGGAACUUCUUUUUUUCGAAGCACCUGAUCCGGCAAUUUGUGUUGGAAAAUUGGCUAUAAUGAAUUUCGCAGUCAUAAAACCGCCAUCAGAAAGCAUUAUAAAAACAAUGGCGUUCGCAUACAUUCAAUCAUAUAAUAGGUGCACCGACGAAGCAGGUCGCGUUUUCGAUCAGGUUGUUUUGAAAAUCUACGCUAAACCGUUCCGUAUUGUUCCCGGGGAAGUGAGAUUGAAAGUAUUGAAUUACGCUAGGCAGCUACUGAAGCAGUUCCAAGCUCUCGGCAUGACUAGGAGUUGUCCAAUUAUCAAACCGAUGUGUGAUGUAAAUUUUCACGAUUACUUAAAUUCAACGAACAUCGGAGAAAGUAAAUCAAAACCAGUGAGAUUCGCGCGUCUUUUGGAUCCGGCACAAAAAAAAGCUGUCAUCACAUCGUUAAAUUGUUUCACUAAAGAUUCUUCACUUAGCAUUGUCGAUGGUCCUUGCGGUACUGGUAAAACACAAGUUAUUGUUAGUACACUACACGAAUUGUUUGGUUCUAAUGAAAACAAAGAUGCGAAAGUGUUAGUGAUAACAGUAAACGAUAAAUUAGCUGAUGAUUUAGUUUAUCGAAUGUGUAAAGAUACUUUCGAUAAAAACGUUUUACGAUUUGGUUUUUGCGGCGGCCUAAAUAACAGCGUAAAGCACUGUGCUUUGGAUUCGAAAAUAGAAGAAAUCCUGAAAAACGAAGGGAAAGAUCUAAUCAACAUCGAAGACGAAAUAAAAAUACUUAGAGCCCUUAGCAAUAAGCUGUCAACAGAAGAAAAACUGUUAGCCGAAGGCAACCCGUUAGCAGAAGGAAAAAAGUCGACGGAAAGAAAACGCAAGCUUGAAGAUUUGAACGGAAGAAUGCGACAAUGCGAAAGAGAAAUUGAGCAAUUGGGCCAUGAAAAUUCGAAAAUGGUGAGUCACAUGAAAUUUCAAAUCGCUAAAGGUAAGGCGAUAGAUGCGGCCAAUGUCGUCGUAACAUCUUUUGGAACCUGCUGGUCUUCAAACUUCGAAAAUAAUUUUGUACCGAAUAAUUCGAACAAAGGUGAUAUUAAUGAAUUUAAGAUUUGCAUUAUCGACGAUGCAAAUUUUCUCGAUGAAAAUUCAAUGCUGAUACCACAAUUGCUGCAAGUGAAACAUUUAAUUUUGGUUGGUGAUAGGAAAGUUCGAUCUUAUCCGAAUGGGCCGUACCACAAAAUCCUGCAUUAUUUCAAUUUAAAUAAUAAGGAUUUUAUUACAAAUUUGGACGAAGAUCAUCGGAUGUUCCCGGAGGUGUCGCAGUGGGUUCGGGAAUACUUUAAUUUGAAUACAGAUUUAAAAGUACCGAUAAGAAAAAGGAGAAUCAAGUUGAAACCUUUUUUGAUCAUUGAUCAUAUUUCCAGCCAAGUAGUCAAUUAUCAAGCAGUUUUGUGUGAGAAAUUGGCGAAAUGUAUUUUAGAUCUGGAUUCUGAAAAAAUGAAUUUCGGCGUGAGCGUGAUGGUCCCCACAAACUUGGAUAAAGAAAACCUACGUUCGAUGUUGAAUACAAGUAAUAUCCAAAGUCGAAUACGAGUCGAUUUUUUCGAUGGAUUUUCUACUCGGGAAAAUGACGUCAUAGUGUUAUGUCUCCCGGCUUCGAAAAUAUUUGACGAAUGGUUGUACAUCGCACUGACGAGAGCAAAAAUGACGCUCAUUAUUUGCGGCGAUUUUGAAGCAAUUGAAGCUGCGCCAUCGAUCGUUUCACUAUUAAAUUAUGCCAAAAAAGAAAAGAUUUAUUUUCCGCUGAAAGCGAAUGCGGAUCAGAUUUCUUCGGAAGAGUUGAAAGGUAUUUUGGCUUUAUGACGUGGAAUUAUUUUCCAUAGUACUUAGCUUGCUCGUAACUCUACUUGAGUCAUUGAGUGAUCGAAAAGUAAUGAUAGGUACCUCGUAACACUUUUGGAAGACUGAUUAUAAAAAGUUUAGUCAUUAUUUUUUGUGUUAUUCAUUGUGAUUUUUGUGGUGAGUAUGUUUACCUACAUUUUCGUUUCGUACUUUUUUUUGUCUUUUUUUCAUUUUUUCCUCUUUUUUUACAAUUUGUACGAAUAUUGUAAUUUUUAUAUAUUUUAAAAUUAUUUUUUAUUAUGUCGUUGUAAAAACGCUCGCUAUAUACUAGAAGUAGUGAACCAGUUACAAUGGAUUACUUACUGUGUUGGCGUAGUUUAAUAUACUACGCUUAUUUUUUAAUGUAUAAGACUGGUCUCAUUAUUAAUAGGUACCAAUAUUAUUUUGUAUUGUGUCGGUAUGUACUAAGAAUCAUCCUUAAAAAUUUUAUUCUGAUGUUUUCUCCGAGAAUUGGUCGCCAUUUUUAUACAAGAAAUGUCUAUUGGACGUGUUUCAAAAAGAAUCUCCCACUGUUGUCAUUCUUUCAUUAACAGAAAAAUAUUGCAAGUUUUUCAUAAUUUUGUUUCUGUUUUCUUUGGGCGUGAGUAAAAAAUGAAAAUAUUUUAUUUCAAGAUUCUACAUAUAAAUGAUUUGGGUGCUAUUGCGUUAUUGUUUGUACCUCAUAAUUAUGUUUUCGUUUCUUUUCAUAGAUUAAACAAAAAACAAUUGAUUUUAUAUUAUUGACAUGUUAUCAGAACAGAAGUGAUGACUAUAAUUUUAUUUUUAAAACGUGAAUUUGGUUUUUUCGUGCCUAUUUGAGUCGUUUUUAUUUUUAUUUUCGAGUUUAAGAUUUUUACUAGACGUUAUAUUUUUCUAUCGUAGCUGCAUUUAGAAGCCAUGUUAUUUUAUUUUUAUCACCCUUUAUUGAACCUAUGCGCUUGGAUUUUUUUUUUAAUGAAAAUGUUACCAUCGAUUAGAGUUGUUUUGAAUGGGUGUCUCUUUCGUGUACUCAUACUUAUUUUUAUGUACUUUUUUAAUUUUAUUAAUUAAAGUGUGUUUUUUUCCUCGA